AUGUCGCUAAUCAAUGAAACAAAUAAUUUGGGUGAGGAAGGAACUUUGCCGACUGUGAAUCAAGUGGAUAGUGGAAAUGAUGACCAGUCAAAUGGAAGGACAGAAGAGAGAUUAGAGGAGUCCGUUACUAUUGAAAGUGUUGAUAUAACAGACUCUAUCAACAUCACUGAUGGUCAGCCGGACAUCGUCACCGAAAUCGAUGAACCGAACAUCCCACCUACUUCCACUACUCCAUCACAGUCGCUUUCAAUGGCAUCUUCGUCAUCACCGUCCGCCACUCUGGGAGAACAGGAUGUGUCGACGACGACUAUCUCGACAUCGGAAUUGAUGACACCUAUGAUAGAGCAUGUGCAGGGUCCGGUUAUCCGGGUGUACUCCCCUUACAUCGAAGACCACAGAGAAGUCACACCGGGACCGAACGUGUUUGAAAAGAAUAUCCGAAAUGCCAUUGAAUCGCGCAAGCAUGAAGAGGCAACCCAUGUCGACGAACAUAAAAGAGAGCAGAUUCAAACAGAUGAUCCUGUUGAAGAAUCCACAGGCGGUAAUGUUUUGGAAAAAGCUAAUGAUCUGGAUCAGGGUGAAACAAAAACACAGAAGACUGACCAGUCGUACGAGGGAACCGAUAACACGGAGAGCGCAGCGGUUGAGCCAAAUGGACGGACUGAUGCUCAGGAAGGUGAUGAAAACUUGGUUGAAACACCCAGCAACCAAGAAGGUGCCGGAAUUUCGGCUGAGACGGCAUCUAGCAACGAUGCAAAGACUAACUCCACAUUCGUUGGGCCCAGUUACAAGGAAAACCCCAAAACCUCGCCCGAAGGUGUUUGCAACGACGAGGAUGCCGGGGCUGAGAGCACAGAGCAAGAAGAUACUACUAGAAGACUGUCCGAUAUCAUCUCUGCUGGUGAACAGCCAGAGAAGGUCGACUCACAGACUGAUAGCUCAGGAGCAGGUGUGCAGACUCAACCGGAAGAAUCGGACACCCUCGCCCAGGCCAAGGAGUGGCACGAUUCCAUCGUUCGUCGGGUGGCUCGGCUACGAGGAUUGUCUUGUUGGCUCGGUGAGCGUAACAAACGGAUGGACGGCAUGGUGGAGAUCCUUGUUAGAUCGCUUGAGCAUAUGGGUGUCGGAGCCGUGACGGAUCACAUUGGAAAUCUGAUUCCCCUUCAGAACUUUCGUUUGAACUCGGCUAUCAAGCUUUCUACAACGGACCACACGUGGACGACGUGCGAUGAGGAUGUCAUGAGCAAUGAUAUCAAUUCUUGGCUGCCCGAUUCUCUCCCAGACGAACAUGACCUUCCCUUGACGAACGAGCAGAUGAGGAAGUACGAGAGUCAAUUGGAGGUUCUCCGAGCAGAGAACGAAUCUCUUCAGCGGUCACUCCAGGCUGCCCUGGAUAGUCAGGGGUCGUUGGGCGUUCAGAUCAACCAAUGGCAGGCCUGUAUCGAUAGCGCCGGACAGCAGCUCUGUCGCGUCACCCAGGAAGUUCACGAAUCUAAAUCACGCGAAAGGCACCUGCGCCACCUCCUUGGCGAGGAGAGACGGAUUAAGGAUUCGCUGGUGCAGCGAAAUUCUUUAACGAAGGCAGAACAGGAUCAGACAUUGGAGAGUGUGAACAGAUGGUCCCAACACAGUAAUGAGGUCAUGAGUGGUCCUACUAGCUCGGGAACCUUGGCAACCGAUGAGAAUAGUGCAACUCUCUUGCAAGGGAUGACGGCAGAGAGGCAGCAAGUAGUUGAUAGUUUUGCUUGCAACAACUACCCAGGAUCCCCCUUGUCCCAGACCACAGUCAAAGGUCCAAAUGGUUCGGAGAGACCGUGGCAACAAAAACGGGUUGUUGGAACAAGGGACACACGCAGUAGCAGACUAAAUAGCUCUGCGCCGCCUUUCGUUUCGGCAUACUCUUCUUCUCAUCGUCCAAACUAUCGUAGUAACUGGCAUGCAGGAUCCAACUGGCAUUAUAGAUCCGGAUCUGGACGAACCGUUGGAUCCAGCAGCACGGGACGGGGUCGGCACGGGAGCGGAAGAUCGUAUUACCGAAAAGAACACAGCAGCAAUGCAGGAUUUAAUCAACUCCUUAACGGAUUCUUUGACAACUUGAACCGGAUCGAGAACGCGCUUCGGCAGCAGGGUAUCAACGUGCCUGGUCCGACGUCCGAAGCAGUGCCAGGAAUUCAGCAACAACCGCAGGAGGUUAAUGUAUGCAGUAACGUACAAUACCCAGCAUUAGGUGUCCAUGAUUUACAGCAGCAGCAACAGGAGGCGGUAGCGACCAAUCAGCCUGUGUAUUUCAGCGGCCCAUCUCUACAGCAGAAUGUGGUCUACUCUGAUGUGGAGAACGUAGUUGCCCAGCAACUGAUCCAAUCGAUUCCCUCAGUGCAGCAGGUCCCUCCGAGUCAAGCGGUAGUCAAGGAAGGAGUACAAACUGUCCCUGCGGCUCACGUACAGUUUGCACAAGUCGAGGGCCAGGCUUAUUAGAAAAUAACAAGGACGUGAAUAGAUUUGAGUGCUACGGAGGUAACAGUGCUGCCCAGUAGAAGAAAGCGCAAUUUCUAUUGUGUUUGGGGUCUUAUUCCCUAGGGAUCAUACCCCAAUUGGAAUUAUGUGAACUGUUCUUGACUUGAGACGGUUUUUCUCAGACAUUUCAAAAGAGCUUGGCUCCCCUUUGGAUGUUCUUGUUUUCAUGCCACAAUACUUCCCUUUCCAUUUAUACUCGUUAAUGUUGACGUGAAGGAUAUUGAUCAUGUUGUUGCCGACCAGAAUGUGAUUGCUGUAUAAAAGUAUUUGUUAACUCUUAUAUCAAUGCGGACAUGGGCGGAAAUCCCAGGGGGGACAGGGGGGCGUGUCCCCCUACUCAAAAUAGUAGGGGGGACACAAUAGCGAAUGCCCCCCCUACUAUUUGUGGUCUUUUAUGAUGGUAAGAAAUACAUCAUUCAAAAUCGAAAUAAACAUGUAUUUUAGGACGAGAUGACCUUACUUUUGGGAUGAUAACCUUUUUUUUUUUUUUUUUUUUUUUUUUUGCUUGUCAAAUUUAUUUUCGUCGAAAUGACCAUAAAUUUGGGAAAUUUGGGGUGAUAACCUUUUUUUUUUUUGCUUGUCAAAUUCUCCAGCCCCUUGUCCCCCCUACCUUUUAGGAGAGAUUUCCGCCCAUGAAUGUGGAUGUUACAGUUGCAAACGACAAGCAUUGAAGAUUUGUUGAUGGAGGUGGUGAAGGUCAUUGUGGAUCGGAGUAUUUAUGAACCCGCCGCACACUACACGGAUUGGCUCCGACCCGAUUUUCUUAGGAGUCGCAUUUUGCAUUGAAUAUGGAAGAUCCAAAGAAUCUUUUUCAUAUCGCUGUCGAUGAAAAAAAAAAAUCCUGGGCGUCAUUAAGAUUUAGAAUUUAAUGUGCGAUUCC